AGGAAAGAAAGAAAGGCAGAGUGAAAAUGAUUUUUAAAAUUGAAUAUAGCUGUGUGGUGGGUGCAUAUCUUUAAUCUCAGUACUCAGGUGGCAGAGGCAGGUGGAUCUAUGUGAGUUUGAGGGCAGCCUGGUCUAUGGAAUGAGUUCCAGGACAGCCAAGGAUACAGAGAAACCCUGUCUCAAAAAACCAAUAAAUAAAUAAAUAAAUAAAAUGGAAUAUAAAGAUAUAAAACAACUAUAGCAAUAAAAUUAGUGGAAGUCUUAAUUAUAGUUUUAGGUGGCUUCUAAAGAUUUGUUCUACUAUUGAAACAAAUUUUUAAGUGUUUGUGACCUUUUUUUCACAGCUCUAGGACCUUUAGAACACCUCUGUUACCUUGUUUGUUUUGACAGUUUUCAAUGUAAAAGAUGUGAUAUUUCACUUUUGUCUACUUUUAAAAGUAGAAUUAAUUGCCAAGUACAUUAUCAUGACUGUAACUGUUAUUGUCUUAAAAUUAUCUCCUGUACUCUGGAACAUCUCUCUGAUUUAUGAUUAUUAACACAUGUGGAUCAGGAGCCAUGUCAAAUAUUUGAGAUUUCCCAAUUCAUGGACUUUGCUUUCCUGUUUUACCGUUUGCCAUGGCAGGUCAAAAAGUUUUCAGUGCCUUUCAGGUACACUGUGCAGUGAGAAUGGAAUAGAUUUCAGGUAUUCCAGUAUUGAUACAUAAAAGUCUGAGUUCUUCUAUGUGUUUUAGUCACUUAAAAUAUAUUUUAUUUUGUCUACAUACCUCAUAAAAUCCCAUGUGACUGUGAACAGAGUAGGAGAAUUGCACUGGAAAAUAAUUCUUCAUUUGUCAACGGUCGGAAUUUCUCCAAGGCAGACUAUGGAUUACUUUACUUUUAAAAGAAAAACAGAAAAAGAAAAGAAACUUUCAGCCUUGGCUAUUUUUCCCACUUAGCAUGAAUUUGCCAAGUUGAAAACUAACAGCUGUGUUUAGCUAUGUGUAGUGAGAAAACGUGAAUUAGUAUUUCUCAUACAACUUUUAAUGAUUUAGUUUGAUUAGUUAAUAUUUUUACUCUUUUCUUGUACUCUUCUCCAUCUUGAUCUCAUCAUAUCUAACAGGCUGGAACAAUUUUUCCUCAUUUGCUCUAUUUUUCCUGCCGUUGAAAGGCUGAAUGAACAGUUGUAGGGUUUGUUUUGUUCUCAACCAAUCACAGAACAGUAUUUUCCCAGAUUAACUGGCUUAUAGGGUAAAGGGACACACAUAACAAAACAAAUUUAUCACGUGGGUUUUAGAUCAACCACAUCCCUUUUCAGAAACCAGUCUAAGUAAGAACGGCUGAGAGUAACCACCUACUUAAGGAGUAUAUAAGGAACCAGAGAAAAUGUUUUAACUGGUGCACUAGGAAAAAAAAAAGGGAACCGUGUGACUGCUUCCAAAGAAUGCAAACAUUCCCCGACAGUAAGUAAAGCUUAUUAUAUUUUGUGCUCUGCAAAAUAAAACAAGUAUUAUUUUUUGUGCUCUGCUAAGAUCAAUCUAUAUUUCAGAUGCUUCUAGAUACUUCAAUAUUUUAAGGUGAUUUUAAGAGCUAAUUUUUAUUUUUUUCCCCAACCAGAUUUCAUUUUGUAGAUACAGCAGAUAUAGCUUGCUUCCAUUCUAGCCAAGCAAAAAUUGUACGAAAUUUUAUUAUGUAAAUUUAGGAAAGAAUAAAUUUAAAGACUAUAAAAAUUGAAAAAGUUUUUUAUUUGAAAAAUUUCUUGGCAAAAUUACUUUUCCAUUCAAUUUCUCUAUUUUUUUCUUUAAAAAAGUUUAUUUUGUACUCUGCUUUCAGAGGUUUUUAGUGGCAUCUAUAUUCACAAAAUUGAGAGAAGUCUUAUUCUCCUUGCAUGUCAGAAUCAAGUAAUUUUGAGUCUGGAUUAUUAUCAUAAAGGAUUAUUAUCCUUUUGGUAAAAGUUAUUCAGUUAAAAUUUAUUUUAUUUUAUUUUGAUCUGAAGGUAAAUAUUCCAAACAUAUUUCAUUAGGAUUGUAUCUAAUGAAUAUAAUUUAUCAUUCAGAUGAGUUUAAGAAAUCAGAUUUUGUUGUUGAUUUGAAUAGUUAUGGGAAUUUUACUAAAAUGCAAGAAACAAAAACAAGAAUUAUUGGAAUGAAACUAAUUGAAUUACUUUAUUCACAUCAUUGAAUUCUGUUUUAAAAUAUACUUAUCUAUGUUCUGCACCAUAAUGAUAUAUUUUUUCCAAUUAGAAUUUUCUGUUUUAUUGUAGAAGUGUGACAGUAAUCAACCUCCAUCCCACCAUCACCCAUUCCUCCAAAUAUCUUAAAUUGAAUGUGUUUGAGGUAAAAUUUAGUCAUAAAGGGUUGCAAUAAUAUUUUACAACUUUUCAUUAUAGUUUUUAAGUGUAGUAAAUAUUUGAAUCAGAAAUAUAGUCAACGUUUUUUUCAAUGAUACUUAUAUUUUUGGUUCACUUACUGUUUGUUCAGCUAAUGAGCAGGUGAAAUGAGUAUGAAAGAAAUAAGUGUCUAUCAGCAAACCCGAGCGCUUCUGCACAAGAAUCUGCUCAAGAAAUGGAGAAUGAAAAGAGAGAGCUUCUUGGAAUGGAGCAUCCCAAUUAUUAUAGGACUGUAUAUGGGUCUGUUUUCAUAUAUCAAAGUAAAUAUACAAAUCCCCGAAGUCCCACCUCAGGAUCUUGGAAGUUUAGAUGAAUUUAAUGGAUCUUCUAUAGUGGUUGUAUAUACACCAAUAUCUAACAUAACCCAACAGAUAAUGAAUAAAACAGCUUUUGCUCCCUCUAUGAAAGGGACAAGAAUCAUUGGGGUACCAAGUAAAAAUGACUUGGAUGAAGUGCUUCUGAAGAAUAUUCCCCAUGCUCUUGGAAUCAUAUUUAACGACACUUUCUCUUACAAGUUAGAGGUAUUUCUAACGCAUGGAAAUCCAUUUUUGAAAGAAGACUUAUUAGUUCAUUGCUGGAAUGUAUAUGGUGGUGUUUCAUGUUCAUUGUCCAGAUACUGGAAAAGCGGAUUUGUGCCUUUACAAAGUGCCAUCAAUGCUGCUAUUAUAGAAAUCACAACAAACCACUCUGUGAUGGAGGACUUGAUGUCUGUUAAUGCAAUAAAUAUGAAGACAUUACCUUUUAUUACUAAAGAUGUUUUUCAAUAUGAAGUUUUUAUUCUAUUCUGCUUGCUUUAUUUCUCCUCAUUCAUAUAUUUUGUAUCACGUAAUAUUACUACAGAGAGGAAAAAGUAUAAGGAAUUGAUGAAAAUAAUGGGUCUACAAGACUCAGCAUUCUGGCUGUCCUGGGGCUUAAUCUAUGUUGGCUUCAUCUUCAUUAUUUCCAUACUCAUUGCAGUUAUCAUAACAACUGCUCAAAUUGUAGUGAUGACUGGCUUCUUUGUCAUAUUUACACUUUUUUUCUUAUAUGGAUUAUCUUUGAUAGCUGUCACUUUCCUGGUGGCUGUUUUGUUACAGAAAGCUGUCCUCACCAAUCUAAUCGUAUUUCUCUUUACCUUCCUUUGGGGAUGUGUGGGGUUCACUGUACUUCAUAAACAACUCCCCACAUCUCUGGAAUGGAUUCUGAGCAUUUGCAGCCCUUUUGCCUUCACCUCUGGGAUGGCUAAGAUUAUCUUCCUGGAUUAUAACUUGAAUGGUGUAGUAUUUCCUGACUCUUCAGGAGAAUCAUAUGUAAUGUUAGUGACAUUUUCCAUAUUGGCUUUUGAUGGUUUUAUCUACUUGGUUCUGGCACUGUAUUUUGACAAAAUCUUGCUCUACAGGGAUGAACGCCGUCAUUCUCUACUGUUUUUCUUGAAUUCAUCAUCUUGUUUUCGACAAAAGACUAGUAGUAACAAGGUCAUUGAGAGAGGGAUAGACUCUGAGCUUCCUUCAGAUGAUUAUUUUGAGCCUGUGGCUCCAGAAUACCAAGGAAAAGAAGCCAUCAGAAUAAGAAAUAUUAAAAAAGAAUAUAAAGGGAAGUCUGGAAAAGUGGAGGCUUUGAAAGGCUUGUUCUUUGAUAUAUAUGAAAGUCAAAUCACAGCAAUUCUGGGCCACAGUGGAGCAGGAAAAUCUUCAUUACUAAACAUCCUCAGUGGAUUAUAUGUUCCAACAGCAGGAUUAGUCACAGUCUAUAAUAAAAAUCUCUCUGAAAUGCAAGACUUGAAGGAAAUCAGAAAGAUAACUGGUGUCUGUCCUCAACAUAAUGUUCAAUUUGAUGCACUCACUGUGAAGGAAAACCUCACCCUCUUUGCUAAGAUAAAAGGGAUUCUUCCACAGAAUGUAAAACAAGAGGUACAACAAAUUAUAUUGGAAUUGGACAUGCAAAAUAUUCAGGAUAACCUUGCUGAACAUUUAAGUGAAGGAGAGAAAAGAAAGCUCACCUUUGGGAUUGCCAUUUUAGGAGAUCCUCGAAUUUUGCUCUUAGAUGAACCGACUGUUGGACUGGAUCCCUUUUCGAGGCAGCGCGUGUGGAGUUUCCUGAAGGAACGCAGGGCAAAUCGUGUGAUCCUCUUCAGCACUCAGUUCAUGGAUGAGGCAGACAUCCUUGCUGACAGAAAAGUGAUCAUGUCCAACGGGAGUCUAAAAUGCAUGGGUUCUUCCAUGUUUCUGAAGAGAAAAUGGGGUCUUGGAUAUCACUUAAGUUUGUUUAUGGAUGAAACAUGUGAUUCAGAGCAGAUAGCAUCCUUCAUCAAUCUUCACAUCCCUGAUGCUAAACUAAAAGCAAAAACCAAAGAACAGCUUGUGUACAUUUUGCCUUUGGAAAGGACAAGCAAGUUUCCAGACUUCUUCAGAGAUCUUGAUAAAUAUUCUGGCCAGGGCUUGAUGAAUUAUGAAGUUUCCAUGUCAACUCUGAAUGAAGUCUUCAUGAAUCUGGAGGGAGAAUCAACUACCAAACAAAACUUUGGGAAAAGAGAAACAAGAAGAGACUCAGAAAGCUUAAAUGAAAUGGAGCCAGCUUGUCCUUCUCUUUCUGAAGUGCAGAAGACUGUGAGUGUCAUGAGCCACUGGAGAAUGCAGGUCUGUGCAAUAGCACGGCUUCGCAUCCUAAAACUGAAACGAGAGAGAAAAGCAUUUUUGACCUUUCUAUUGAUUCUUGGAAUUGCACUGUUCCCAUUGAUUAUGGAAAAGGUGGCUUAUGCUGUGACAGUGCAAAAAACCAACUGGGAAUUUAAACCAGAAUUGUAUUUCCUGUCCCCUGGACAACUCCCUCAGGGUCUGCGAACAAGCCUAUUGGUCAUCAACAACACAGAAUCAAAUAUUGAGGAUUUCAUACAGUCACUGAAGCAUCAAAACAUAGUUUUGGAAGUAGAUGACUUUGAAAACAGAAAUGGUACUGAAAGCCUCUCAUACAACGGAGCUAUUAUAGUUUCUGGGAGACAAAAGGAUUACAGGUUUUCAGUUGUGUGUAAUACCAAGAGGCUACACUGCUUUCCUAUCCUAAUGAAUAUCAUCAGCAAUGGGCUCCUUCAUAUGUUCAACCAUUCACAGUAUAUUAGAAUUGAGAAAGCUAUUUUUACAUCUGACCUGGUGAUAUUCUGGUUUGGGGAAAUGGAUGGUUUCCUGUUCUUGCUGUUUGUUGCAUGCAGCAUUUCGCCACAUAUUGCCAUGAGUAGUGCCAGUGAUUACAAAAGGAAAGCCGAUUCUCAGCUGUGGAUUUCUGGCCUCUACCCUUCUGCCUACUGGUGUGGGCAGGCAGUGGUGGAUGUUAACAUCUUUGGCGUAAUUCUUCUCUCAGUCUACUUCACAUUUUACAUGAUACAUAUGAUGCACAUUUACUUGACAAGUGAAGUUGUGCUAUGUAUAGUUGUUCUUUCAUUCGGUUGUGCUGCUUCUCUUGUCUUCUUGACAUAUGUGAUAUCAUUUGUUUUUGGCAAAAGGAGAAAAAACAGUGGCCUUUGGUCAGUUGGCUUCUUUGUUGUCUUUAUCAUCAUACUUGACAUCCUUUUGAAUUUUGACUUCAGCGAAACACUGUUAAUUACCGUCAUGACAUUAGUGCCUUCAUUCUCAUUGACUGCAUUCCUGAUUGUUUUGGAAAUGAGAGUCCACCAGCACUAUGAAGAAUUUGGAGAAAUCAAAUAUGGUUUAUCUGGGGCUGAUUAUCUGUUAUGCCUAACACCGUAUUUUCAUGCUUUGCUGUUCAUUUUUGUUCUGAGAUGCCUGGAACUUAAAUGUGGGAAGAAUGUAAUACAGAAAGAUCCCAUUUUCAGGAUAUCUCCACGAAGUCUAAAUGUUCAACUAAAUCCAGAGGAAUGGAUAGGUGAAGAUGAAGAUGAAGAUGUUCAAGCAGAAAGAAUAAGGACAUCAUCGGCUGCCUUGAGUACUUCAAAUUCAAAUGAGAGACCAGUCAUAAUUGCUAAUGGUCUGUACAAAGAGUACGCAGGACAGAAGAAAAAUUGCUUUUCAAAGAGGACAAAGAAAGUAGCAGCAAGAAACAUCUCUUUUUGUGUUAAUAAAGGUGAAAUUUUGGGAUUGUUAGGACCCAAUGGUGCUGGUAAAAGUUCCUCUAUUAGAAUGAUAGCUGGGAUCACAAAGCCAGCAGCUGGAGAGGUGGAACUGAAAGGAUUUAGCUCAGCUGUGGGUUUCCAUGGUGAUGGCACAGUCAAGUUUGGAUACUGUCCUCAGGAGAACGUGCUGUGGCCCAUCCUGACAGUGAAAGAACACCUGGAGCUGUAUGCUGCUGUUAAAGGGCUGAGGAAAGAGGAUGCUGUCAUCGCCAUUUCAAGAUUAGUGAAUGCUUUUAAACUACAUGACCAGCUGAAUGUCCUAGUGCAGAAACUAGCUGCAGGAGACACUAGAAAGCUGUGCUUUGUGCUGAGCAUCCUGGGAAAUUCAUCUGUCCUGAUUCUGGAUGAACCUUCUACAGGCUUAGAUGUGUCUGGGAAGCAGCAAAUGUGGCAGGCAAUCCAGGCAGCUGUUAAAGACAAUGAGAAGGGUGUCCUCUUGACUACCCAUGACCUGGCUGAGGCUGAGGCUCUGUGUGACCGAGUGGCCAUCAUGGUGUCUGGAAGGCUGAGAUGCAUUGGUUCAAUCCAGCACCUGAAAAAGAAGUUUGGCAAGGAUUACAUUCUAGAACUAAAAGUGAAUGAAACUUCUCAAGUGCCAUUAGUCCAUGGGGAGAUUCUGAAACUGUUCCCACAGGCCGCACAUCAGGAAAGGUAUUUCUCCUUGUUGACCUACAAGCUACCCAUAACAGAUGUUUAUCCUCUGUCUCAGGCCUUUCAUAAACUAGAAGCAGUGAAGAAUAGCUUUAACCUGGAAGAAUACAGCCUCUCUCAGUGUACACUGGACAAAGUAUUUUUAGAACUUUCGAAGGAACAGGAGCUGGGAAGUGUUCAUGAAGAAGCUGAUACAAGUGUGAGAUGGAAGCUCCUCCCUCAUUUAGAUGAACUGUAAAGUCUCAGACCUAAUUGUUCUGUUACCCUACAAACCUACGUUUUAUAUAGUAAUUAACAGGAUUAAUGAUUUCAAAGAUGUUUUUAUAUCAGUGUUAUACAUAUUUUUAUCUGCUUAGUCAACUACAAAAUAAAAUUUGUAAUAAUCCAUGCCCUAAAACUUAGAGGCCAUAAGGAAAUACAAAAUACUAGUAAAGUACUGUGGAAACAAAACUACAAACUCAAUUUUAAAAAAUAUUAAUUUGUAACAAUUAUUAGAACAUUGACUUGCUGAAAUAGGUGAGGAGUAUGUUCAGUAGCCAUUAGCUGCAUGGGAACUUCAUGAUGGUUUAUAAAUACAAAAUUUAUGAAUUUUCUUUCUUUAAAUUUAAUUUUAUUUAAUUAACAUUUUUCAGUUAUUUUACGUACCAACCAUGGUUUCCCCUCCCUCCUCUCCUCCCGUUCCCCCUCACACACUGCCAUCUACCACCCUCAACAUCCACUCCUCCUUCUCCAUUCAGAAAGGAGCAGUCCUCCCAUAGGCUUGAACAAAGCAUGACACACCAAGUUGAGGUAGGACCGACCCCCCCC